AUGAGCGGUGUAGUGCGCACCGAGCCGCUGCGCGGGGAGCCUCCUCUGCGGGUGCCCGGCGACGCCUUUUCUGUGGUGGUUCUGCUGCAGGGCUACGCGGAGCCCGAGGGGGUCGGCGACGCCGUGCGCGCCGACGGCUCCGUGACCCUUGUUCUGCCCCAGGCCUGGGGCCCGGCCUCCGGCCACCGAGAGCCCCCGCCCGAGGGCUACGAGGCGAAGACCGCCCUGGAGGAGGCGGCCCGUGGCCCCAUCCUCGUGGACACCGCGGGGCCCUGGGCUCGAGAGGCGCUCUUGGGGGCCCUGGCGGGGCAGGGCGUGGCCCCGGGAGAUGUGACUCUGGUGGUGGGGACCCAUGGACACUCGGACCACAUCGGGAACCUGGGGCUGUUUCCCGCGGCGGCCCUGCUGGUCUCGCACGACUUUUGCCUCCCCGGGGGCCGCUACCUCCCCCACGGGCUGGCUGAGGAGCAGCCUCUGCGGUUGGGGCCGGGACUCGAGGUGUGGGCCACGCCCGGCCAUGGUGGCCAGCGGGACGUGAGCGUGGUGGUGGCUGGCACGGCCCUGGGUACCGUCAUGGUAGUGGGCGAUGUGUUUGAACGUGAUGGGGACGAGGACUCGUGGCAGGCGCUGAGUGAAGACCCGGUGUCCCAGGAGCACAGCCGGAAGAGGGUCCUAGCCACUGCCGACGUGGUCGUGCCUGGUCACGGAGCCCCCUUUAGGGUGAUCAGGGAAGCCUCGGCGCCAGAGACAGAGGGUCUGGGGAACAGCCGGCCAGAUCUCGUGAUCGGAGACAAGGAGCCCACGGUGCACCGAUAAACCCCAGUCUUGACUGAAUGCCUUUCAGGGACCCCAGCCCCCCACCCCCAGACAAGAAACUGACGUCCAGGACACGAGAGGAUGUGUCAGAGAGGAGUCAUGGGUCGUCACUUCCAGCCCUCGCAGGAGGCCAGUUUUCCAGCGAGGACAGAGUACUUUUGCCACAGCUGUCACCAGUAUCACUAGGACCAAGGACUGGCACAGCUGUGUGACACCUCUCGGGCUUCAUUAGUAAAAUGGCAGAAUGUUCUUGGGAGAGUCUUCCAAAAUAAAAGUAGAAACUGCAUUGAAAAUCAUACUGCCCUUCAACUAUUCUCCAAUAAAAAAUAAAAAAAAGUCAUACUGCCCUAAAUGUAAAUGUGAAGCGUUCAUAGUGAUAAUCAUGCAGAUAUAAUCCAGCAAGUGCAACAAGGAGACACUUUGGCGAUACAUCGCCUGUUUCUCAGAGGAAGCAGCUUGCUGAGAGAAGGUGCAGGGCAGACAGGUAUUCUAGUCAUCUGACUUUAAGUUAUUAAUUCGUUCAAUGAAUGCUGCUUAACACACCUGCAAUGUCUCAAGCACGGCUCGAGGUCAUGGGGAUACAGCAGUGAGCAAGCCAGACAAACUCAAGGAGACAGGAGAUAAGACCUUCAUAUGGAAGAUGUGUCCAUCUCCUACCAGAAGGAAAGUAACAUUCUUAUCAUCAAGGAUGGGAAGUUAAGACUUGGAAAAUUCUGUAAAACAGACCUUAUUAAAAUAAUUCCUGUCUUUCCACAGUUUAGUUGCUUUUCCACAAUCACCUCUUUGCUCAACCUGGUAUAAAAGCAU